UUACAGCUGAUUUCAAUAGUUCUUUAUUAUAUAAAAUCCAAAUAAAUUGGUAUUAUAUACAAGUAACUUAAAAAAAUAAUAUAUAAAAAUUUUAUAUUAAAAAAUAAUAUAAAACGUACAAAUAGUAUAAAAUAUUAUAAAUACAUAUUUACAUCAAUCAAACAAAUCACAAACAGAAGAUAUAAAUUUUUUCUCUAAUAUAAAACAAUUAUUCAGAGCUAAAAAUAAAUUAUUCAUAAAAAACUAAACAGUUACUAUUUGUACUAUUUCCUAAGGCUAAGAUUCGGACGAAAGGGUUUGGUACGUCUGUUGAUUUGUUGAGCAUCCUGGGCAGGUAUGUAGGGUAUCAUGAAUAAACAUGUCACAGUCUAAACAGAACACCUCACAACAUUUUUCACAUUUGUAAACCUGUUUAUCAAUAGUUUUGAACUGUACACGACAACCAAAGCAUGAUGGUGUUCGAUUUUGAUCAAUAGGAAUCAGUGUAAAUGGUUGAACAGGAAAGAGAUGAUGGUAGGAUCUGGCCAAAUGAGGAGCUGAGACCAGAGUUAAACCACAGACUUUACAUUCUGCAGGAAGCUCACAGUACUUGCUUCUGCACUGCGGACAUAAAUAUCCACCACCGUCUAACUUGCUCCCUUCCUCACUGUCUAAAUGACACAUGCACAUUGCAAGAUAACUAGUCUUGUUGUCCGUCGGAGCAUGAUGAGGAAACCCCAUCUUUACAAGGGCACUGCUACUAUGUUCUGCAGCAGCUUGUGGGGGUAAAGCAUGUGUUGAUAACAGAUGUUUGAAAUGAACAUCAUCUAGAACUACACCGUAAUCCCCUCCAGUAGUCAUACAUAAUGACUUACAAAGUCUUACAUCAGCAGACAAACCUAUAAGAGAUGCUCUAAUACUAGCAGUUUUCAACUUCUGAAUUGUAAUAUUAAUGUCACCAGGAUCACAAGUAGUUAAACUACCCAUGAUAACGAGUACUUCCCUGAUAGCGUGGCUUGGCAUGUGCUUCAAGGAUGAAAGAGCCAAUUCCAAAGCAUUUUGUAACGAAGGCUCUCCACUACAACUAUUUGGUUGACCAAAGUUACUUUUUAAAACUUCCAGCUGUUUUUUAUAAUUACCAGAUAGUUCUGUGAUCUUUUCUGCACGUUUAUUCCUGCUUAGAAUAAAUCCAAGUUGACUGAGAGGAUUUUCAUAUAAGAACUCUUCAACAAAGCCUUCCAUUAACUUUAGUGUACAUAGUUGUCUGGUAGGUUUAAGGUCCUGAUCGUGCAUAGCUUCAGAAGCAUCAAGAAUGAUAUACAUAUGUCUCAUCAUACCCAAUCUAGUAUGUCCUUUUCUUUCCAUUUGUGCUUUGCGUUUGGCACGCUGAAUGAUUUCAGCAACAGAAGCUUCCAAAUUACCUUGGUCAUCUUCUUGUAUAGCCUCCCAAGUUUUUUCAUAACCAGUUUCCCAACGGUAUUCCUUGACAUCAUCAUCAUCAGCCAUGUUAGGACAAUUUAAAGUAUUUGUAAAUACAAAAGUUGGCUGACCUUUCUUUUAAAUCUUGAAGUGCCGAAAUUCACAAAUCUUAUUUUUUAACUAUUAACCUACAACCGUUCAAUUUGCUUUUGCGCCUGGAGGUUACUCACUGUUUAUAAAUGCUUUUUGACUUCAAGGUUAUAAUUUGCUUAUCAGUUGUCCUGCUUAGUGUUGUAAACAGCGUCAAAAUUCAAUCAAAAAUUAUAGUUUUUGAGGAACUACUUCAAGUUAGAAAAGAUCCAUGCACAUUUUACUAAUAAACUUAUCAGUAUAACUUAUGCUAAUUUUAAAACCAUUUAAACUAAUCAAUUGUUCACAAGGAUGUUUUGGUUAAAAGAACCAAUCUAUACUAUUCUUGGUAUGAUUCUUAUGACGAUUAUUUUAGGACUUAUUUUACAGUUUUCUUGGAUAACAUUGUGGACUGCUAUUAAAGAUGAUUUUCCUCAUUAUUACCAGCCAUCAUAUUAAUUUAAGGAAUGUCCUCAGAAUUUUUCAUAAUUGUUAUCUAUGUCUUAUGAGUACUUAUUAUUUUUAAAAGGUAUGGACUGAAAUGUAUUAAUGUCAGUAGUUUCUAAUGAACUAAUUAAUUAUAGUCACUGUAUGUUGAUAGUAAAGUAAACAAAAUCAACUUUUUUUCUCUGAUUUGAGUAAAAGAGAACUAAUAUUGCAUGGCUUUUGGGUGUGCUUAUUAAAGUUUACUUGAUGACAUCUUACAAUCCUGGAAUUUUAGUUCAGAUUUACUUCGAGAAAUUUACAUUUCAUUAUUAAGUUCUGCUUAAACCAACUGUAAGUGUGGUGAAUCAAUGAAUCUGUUGGAUAUUGUUGAUAAUGGCUUACAAUUAAAUAGUUUAAAGAUGGCGGUCAUUCAAUCUUAGUUCUGAAUAAAGCCGUUAAGACGCCGCGCUGGGAUCGAAUGAUAUGACGCUUUCGACGUCCAUUUUACCUUAUGUCGACUUUGUAGUAUACAACGAAAAACCUUGGUUAAUUUUCGUCAGGCAUUGUUAUACCUAGAGGCGGGCUGCUUAAUGAUUAAGUGGAGCAAUGGAAGAAGCUAUUAAUAAUGAUGAAGCUAUAUCUGAUUAUUUCAUAGUGAGUACUCAUGGUGAUGAAAAUGUCACCCAAACAACAGAUGAAAACCUUGACAACAAUGUAAGUAACAAGGCACAGGAAGGCUCAGAGCCAGUUGAAGAGGAACUUUCUAGUCUACAAAUUACUCAGACUCAAGAUGAUGGAAAAGAGCCUUCCACAACUGAAAAUGUUGAUAGUGACACACCUCAAAUUUCGGUUACCAAGGUUCUCAGUGCUACUCAAAUUGAUGAAAUGUUUCAUUUCAACGAAUCAAAAGGUGAAGAAGAAGCUCAUGACAAAGAAGAAGAAGAUGAAGAACCCUUUGAUCUUAAUCCUCAAGUGAAUAUUGAAGAUAUGAAAGUUGCACUUGACGAAUUAAGGGAAGUAGAUGUUCUUGUUUGUGGAUCCUGUCACAAUGUGGUUCAUUUUGUUGAAGAGUUUAUGAAACACAAACCUGUAUGUAAAAAGAAAUCAGACUUCCAUGGCAAUAUUGCUGAAACUAAGCCACAAGUUUGGGCUUUUCUACUAUGGAAAAAUGCUCAAGCAAAAAUAAACAAGCGUGGAACACACAUUGAAGAAAGUUCAUGGAAAUUAUAUCAAAAGUGGUGUAAAAUGCCAGAAAGAAUAAGAAAUGCAUGGGUGGCUGCUGGACAAACUGUCAUGAAUUUUAGUACUUUUGGGUAUGCUAAGCCGGUUGAUACGGUCAUCAAGCCAUUACCUGCAAAGAAAUCAGCAGAUAAAGAAGAUUUUGAUGAAGGUGAAGAGGAAAAACCUGUUAUUAUGAGAAAGCUUGUUCAAAGGGAUUCAUCUGGAGAAAUCAAAGAAAUUAAGCCUACUACUGGUGUUAAAAAAAGAAUGGAGGAUAUUGAAAAUAUAAGAAAUCAGCUUGAGGAUGGUGAUAGUUCACAAGAUAACAAGGAAGUUUUGAUGGGGCCAACUGAUAGUGAAACACCAAGAGUUGGAUACACGAAAAUACAUAGGGUUAAGGGAAAAGAUGGUGAGCAGGAUACAUUACAAGAGGAAGAAUUUGUUGUUGAAAAAAUUGUUUCUCGAAGGUUCAACCCAAGGAGGAAACAAUAUGAAUAUUUACUUAAGUGGGAAGGAUACCCAUCACAAAAAAAAUUAUUUCUAGUGAAAAGGAGGAUGCCAGUUACUGACUCUGAUGAGGACGAUGACCCCUUCGCAAAGAAGUUAAAAUUAGAAAGAGAAACUGACAGUGAAGAUAGUGUGGGAGGAAGAGUUAUUUAUUCUAAGAGUGGUAAAAGUGGCAUCAUUCGUAGACCUGGUCGACCCCCUCUGAAGCCCAAAAUUACCAAUGGAACAACUGAAAGUUUAGCAGCAGUUUUAGGACUCGAAUCGAGUGGAGACGAAAGCAAAUCAUCUGCUGCUCUUGACGCUAUCAACAGGGGCAUAGUUAAGAAGAGCACUGGCCUCAGUCCUCAUAACCAACAGGUACUGGUAGCCAAUGCUAAGGGAGUUGUGAAAGUUGAUCCAAGCCAGGUUCCCAACCUAUCCUCGGGAGUUUAUAUAAUGUCAAAUAAAUCUGGCAUCAUAAAGCUUGACUCUGUUUCUCCAUCCAAAGCUCUUUCAUUGAAAGGAGCUUCACCCGGUAGCGUUAAGCAACUUGCUGUGCAGCAAAACGCUUCUGCCACAUCUAUUGCUUCUACCAUUAGCACUAACUCAGGGACAGUCACUUCUACAACACAGAGUGGUGUGAUUAUGGUCAACCGUGAGAACCAGGGAUUAACCAAACUGAUACAUAGUGGUUCAAGAUCAAAUAUUGCUAUUACUCCUGCCAUACGCCCGAAGUUAGCAUUGAGGCCAGGUGCCACUACUGCGAAUAAUGAGCUUCAGCGUCGUAUGGAAGGUGAGAGAAAAGUACUCGGCCCCAAAGUGGGGCGAGGCGCUGGCAUUAGCGGAAGAGGUGGCAUGAGAGGGAGAGGCGGUGGCAGAGCUGGAUACAUGUCAGUGAGCAGUGACAAGAAGGAUCUGGAUACUGACAAUGUUUUUAUCGACCUGCCUCAGGAGUCUUCUUCAGAUUCUGAUGCUGGUCUACCGGAUCUAUUCCCUACAGACUUACCCCCCUUGGAACCGGCGAGUCCUCCAAGGCCACUAACACUCUGUCCGGAAACAGGAAAAGUCCUGCUGAAAGCUGAAGGAGAGAAAACGCCAGAGCCUACUCCACCCCAUUCUCCUAAGCAGAAUUCCCAUGAGACGUCUGCGCCUUCAAUGCCAACCAUAAAAGAAGAACCACUGGUUUCAUCAGGAAACAGCACCUUCCUCAACAAAAUAAAUUCAUCUAGUUCUGGGAAAGAUGCAUUAGUGAAAAAGACACUGAAGCCUGGAACCAUAGGAUCAUUGUCUGUUUCGCCCAAAAAGAGUUUUGAUGAAAAUGAUUCUGAUGUUGUUACAAUUACUGGCGAUGAUGGUUUAGUUUAUAAGGUAAGAAAAUCAGAGUUAAACAACACUCUUUUGGUAUCUGGUGAAGAUGGUCAGCAAUGUGUGUACGUAGCGACUGGUGAAGAGGGUGACGAAAAUGCUACAGUUCUCACCCUUGAUCCAUCUUAUGCUGAUACGGUUGCACAAUUGAGCCAGGUGAACAUCCUUGGUGGGGAUGGUGAUGGAGAAACACAGUUCUAUGUGAAGGAAGGGGAAGAGGGAGAGCUUGUUAGCCUGCAGGUCCAAGGAGGUUCCGGCAGCCAGGAUGGAUCAGGAGAAGAAACCCAAUCUCAAGUUGUUGCCCAACUUGUAGAAGCUGGAGAACCUGCGCCAGGAGGUGGACCUCGAAGAGUUGUACUGCUGUUACCCGAUGGAAACUUGAUGAUGACGGAAGUCGAUGAGGAGCAAUAUGCUGCUCUGGAAUUGGACAAACGAGUAGGAGACAGUGUGGGAGGAGUGCGUGGUGGUGGAGGCGGUACGUCAGUCUGCCGCCGGCUCUCGUCGGAGAUGCACCAUGAGGUGGGAGGGACGACCGAUUCUCCGCCAGCGUUGUAUCUUUUCGGCGAAGGUUAG